AUGGGGCACACUGACGCUUUACGCACUGGACUCUUGCUGGCCUGCUUUUCCGCGCUACUGCUCUGCUUCCCGGUUGAGCCGUCUGAGGCCCUCCACAUGCAGCCUCUCCGCUUCAGUUCCUCUGUCUCAUCUGCGCGCCUUCUAUCCUGCGGGGAAGGCGGAGAAAAGACGCCAUACGUGACCGCUGUUGCAGCGGUGGGCGUGCCUGCAGCCGGAGGUCGCUCGAAAGCACAUCUGCUCUCUCCUGAGAUUGGCUGGAGAAGCGAUCCUCUCUCCACGGGGCACUCGUCGCUGUGGCGUAGCGAGUGCCUUGAAAGAUGGAAAGCAGACGGCGGACGGGAGCGAGGAAGUGAACUCUGCGUUUUCGCAUCUGGAGACGGUCACGACCUCACCGACACGGAUGACGCCGCGACCGCUAGGGAACGCAUCGAGGAACGGGAGACACACGAAGAGACGCACAAGAGGCAGGAAAAGAGAAAGGAAGAGGAAGAAUCAAGCGAAGAUCAAAAGAAGCAGGAUGCUAGAAGGAAACGCCUGAAAGCUUGGCAGGUUGUGCUCCACAAUGAUGAAAUUCACGCCAUUCGGCACGUGACGGAGUUGCUGGUGGCUGCAGUGCCCUCCUUAACGAAGGCCAAGGCCCACGCGAUCACUGUGCACGCCCACAAAACCGGCCUCGCGCUGAUCCUGCGCACGUGGAGAGAAAAGGCGAAAGAAAUCCAACAAAAACUGAAGUCCAGCGGACUGACGAUCUCGCUCGUCCCUAGCAAGAAAAAGGAGGACGGCGGAGCUGGCGAUGACGACGGGGGAGGAGGCAAUGACGGAGGAGACGACGGAGGAGGCGAUGACAGAGGAGGAGAUGACGGAGGAGGAGAUGACGGAGGAGGCGAUGACGGAGGAGGCGAUGACGGAGGAGGCGAUGACGAAGACGUUGGCGGAUCUGACAGCGACAGGGACCACGAAUAG